AGUCGCAAAGCAUUUGAUCGCAACUGUAUUUGAACCUAAUUCUCCCACACUCGCUUGGCGGCUCUAUGCGUCGCAGGGGCGAUGUUAGGCCACCACCACCCGGGCACCGACAAGUCGCAACAACUGGUCAACUAUGUGGAGGAUUAUCUGGAAUGUGUGGAGUCCCUACCUCUGGACAUACAAAGAAAUGUGUCCCUGCUCCGAGAGAUCGAUGCAAAGUAUCAAGAUGUGCUGAAGGAGGUGGAUGAAGUCUUUGAGAAGUACAAAGGGGAGCAGGAUGCGGCUCAGAGGAAGCGCCUGCAGAUCCAGCUGCAGCGGGCGCUCAUCCUCAGCCAGGAGCUGGGGGACGAGAAAAUCCACGUGGUGACCCAGAUGACGGAGCUGGUGGAGAACCGCUCCCGCCAGAUGGACUCCCAUUCCCUGUGCUUCCAGGAGCCCAGUGAGGCGGAGCGGGUCCCCACGGAGCGGCGUUCCAGUGUCGCAGAGCCCCCGGCCCCGGAGCGUAGCUCGACCCGGCGCCCGCGACGACAGCGCAACAGCGAGAGUCGUGACUCCAGCCACCCGUCGGCCAACGGCUCUCUGGUGGACGACCCCCUGGAGGAGCUAUCCGUCCCUCCUCCCCGUGAGAAGAAGUCCAAGUCUGCAAAGAAGAAGAAGCGCAAGUCCAAACAGGACCGGGACGCCUCACCGGUGGAAUUCGCAAUUGACCCUAAUGAGCCCACCUAUUGUCUCUGUGAGCAAGUGUCUUAUGGUGAGAUGAUUGGCUGCGACAAUGACCAGUGCCCCAUCGAGUGGUUCCACUUCUCCUGCGUGGGGCUGACCUACAAGCCUAAGGGCAAAUGGUACUGCCCCAAAUGCAGAGGGGACAAUGAAAAGACAAUGGACAAAAGCUUGGACAAGAACAGAAAAGACCGCAGGUCCAGGUAGUGACUUUGAUCUUGAUCUUGAAGACGUCCUCAGGUCGAGGGUUAGAACUGUUGGUCGUAGUCGAUGACAGUACUUGUGAUGUUGUAAGAGCACAAUCGAACACCAUUAGUAGCAGCGCUUAUUAUGAAUCAAGGACCAGUUGUGAUUGAACUUGUGCUGCGCCAUCCACUGAUUGUUUCCACUGGCAAUAACUGUGCUGUUGUCUGUAGGAUGUCCAGCUACUGCAAGAAUCAUGAGCUCAAAGCUGCCAGCAUCCUCAAGUGUUUUGUUUACUUGUGGGACUUACAUUUUUUAUUUUUACAUGUUUGUUUUAGUAUCCCUUUCAUUAUAGUCAAGGUCCUAAUAAAAUAUAAGGUAUUCCUGUUAAUGAUCAUUCUUUUAUUGUUAUGUUUCGCCCAAACAAAUUGUGAUUUCUUUAUUUUAACUUUCUUAAUAAUACUCAAUUGUUUGGAAUCUGUGUGUCUUUAAAUAACAAUGGCGUCUAGAGAAUGACGUUCACAUGUAAUAUGUCAGAGAUUGAUAUUUAAUUGAGGAGAUGAUUGUUGAUGGGACACUGGAAUAGAAGGUCAUGUUUGUGGACUGAACGUUUUCGCUGGUUCACUAUCACUCUUGUGUACAUUUCUUUUUAAUAUUCAUUAAAACAAAGUAUUGUCAUUUA